UUUGAUGCAGAAUAGUUCAACUGUUCCGUCGCACGUGUCGCACGCGUCGCGAGCCACCUUCUGAAACAUAAGCUAGAUGUAUCACGAUGGUAGCAACCAACAAGUGCAACACAACAACAUCGCCGGUCAGUCGAUGCCGUCGCCACACGGAGCCGAAGCAAAGCAGGCGGCAAAGCGGCGCAAAGCACUUGCGACGGUGCAUACGCUGAGCCACAGAAAAUAUGCAGAAGGUACAUUUCAGCUGAUUUGGUGGUAAAAAAUCAUUAGUUUUAUUUCUGAAGCCGUGCUCUAAAGACGUGUUUCGCGGGCGCGCGUUCGCGUUCCGAAAAUCCUUGGAACAAACCCAUAGGCGAUUGUUUUCCACUAGAAGAAGUUUCCAAGCAGGUUGAAUCCAGCAUCCGAACGGACCAACAGUUGUAAAGUGUAACGAAAGUGUUUUCAAUUAAACCCGAUGGAAGUGACACAUAAAACUUCAGCAACGUGAACAACGGACUAACGAACUAACAAUUUUACCAGACUUUAGAUCCAAUUUCACGUUGAGUGAUGUUACAGACCUUACACAGCUUGAUGAAACUUGUCUUGGUGAAAAUUGCAUUGUAAAAAGAAACAACAACAUUAGAAAAGUGCACAAAGAAGUUUGCAGUUCACUGAUGCAACUGCUUACAUAUAGAUAGCGGGACAAACGAGAAGCAAGUGACAACUCGUAGACACGCGAGCAGACAACAGCAACAACAAAGGGAAAAAUCAACGAGUGUAACACAAAAAUUAAGUAAUUCGAGCGAUUAUCCUCCAAACACGUCGAGCAGCUUUCCGAUUACUAUCGUGUCGAGAUUGCCGGCCGUGCGGGAUCUGUGGCCUGAGUGAGGGCGGACUUUGGCUUCCAUAUCGGCACGUGAGCUUCGCAAGAGAUGGAGGAAGUGAAAGACUUGCAGUUGUGGAUUAUCUUUCGAAUGUAAACACACCCAGUGACCUUUUGCGGACGAAUCGUGCAUGAAUCGAGCGUAGCGCAACACUGGACCCAAGGUGUGAAGACAUCGAAACUCGAUUGUCCCAUCCCCAAGCCUUCAGACUCAUUCGUCGCGUCAAAGUGAACUAUGUUCCGUCGCACUCAAAGCCAACAUCACACAAGGGCUACUAGCAAAAAUUGGCGCAAAGAUCCAAAUUCCUGACGACGAACGCGACAGUACUACUGCCAGCAAAACGAACGAUGGUAUUCAAUGUACUGAUAGCUUCAUCUGUGAUCAAAACAGCCACCGUGGUCGGUUCUAGUCUAUGGCUAAUACCGUUCCUGCUAGGGGCGAUAUCAUACUACCGUUACGAUCGUGUCGAUCCGGAGUCGCGGGUGAUCGAUCAGCAGACCCUGUAUCCGGAGUAUGAUUUCAUAGUAGUUGGAGGUGGUUCCGCGGGUGCUGUGGUGGCGAACAGACUGACAGAAAUAAGUCGAUGGAAGGUCUUGCUUCUAGAGGCCGGACCUGAUGAGAAUGAGAUAUCCGAUGUUCCUUCGCUGUCCGCUUACUUGCAGCUCAGUAAAUUGGAUUGGGCCUACAAAACCGAACCAACCAACCUGGCAUGUUUGGGUAUGGUGAACAACCGUUGCAACUGGCCAAGAGGAAAAGUUCUCGGCGGGUCCAGUGUACUGAACUACAUGAUUUACGUCCGAGGUAAUAAAAAUGAUUUCAAUCAUUGGGAAUCUCUCGGGAACCCUGGUUGGGGAUACGACGAUGUAUUGCAAUAUUUUAUUAAAUCAGAAGACAACAGAAACCCAUAUCUUGCCAACAAUCCCUACCACGGCACGGGGGGAUUGCUUACUAUCCAGGAAGCUCCGUGGCACACCCCCUUGGUGGCAGCAUUCAUCGAAGCCGGUACGGAGAUCGGAUAUGAAAAUAGAGAUAUCAACGGAGCCCAGCAAACUGGGUUUAUGAUUGCUCAGGGAACUAUUCGACGUGGCAGUCGAUGUAGCACAGCAAAAGCUUUCUUACGUCCCAUCCGGCUGCGGAAAAAUAUUCACAUUGCAAUGAACGCUCACGUCACCAAACUGUUGAUUGAUCCCAUUACUAAAAGAGCAAAUGGGGUGGAAUUUUUCCGUCAGGGUAAACGACAUUUUGUUAAAGCUAAAAAGGAGAUAAUUAUGUCGGCAGGAUCCAUCAACACACCGCAAAUAUUGAUGCUGUCGGGUGUAGGGCCGAGAGAACAUUUAGAUGAACUAGGAAUUGAAACAAUAGUCGAUCUGCCAGUUGGUAAGAAUAUGCAGGAUCACGUCGGUAUGGGUGGUCUUACUUUUCUGGUUGAUAAACCAGUAGCGAUUCUACAAAAUCGUCUCGAAGCUGCUUCCGUUACUAUGAACUACGUAAUCAAUGAACGAGGUCCUAUGACUGUCCUUGGAGGAUUGGAAGGGGUUGCUUUUGUAAACACACCUUUCGCAAAUAUAUCGGAAGACUGGCCAGAUAUACAGUUCCACAUGGCACCCGCUUCGUUGAACUCGGAUGGCGGAGCACGUGUGAAAAAGAUUCUAGGGCUUAAAGAAGACCUGUAUCAGGAAGUGUUUCAUCCAAUAGCUGACACGUACAGUUGGACCAUCAUGCCAUUGCUGUUACGUCCUCGAUCUCGUGGUUGGGUACGACUGAAGUCAAAAAAUCCUUUCCACUAUCCGCUAAUGAAUCCAAACUACUUCCAAGACCCUUUCGAUGCCAUGACACUAGUCGAGGGUGCGAAAAUUGCAUUACGAGUGGCGGAUGCGAAGGUAUUCAAACAGUUCGGCAGUCGGAUUCACCGAAAGCCACUGCCCAAUUGCAAGCACCACAAGUUCCUGUCGGACGCUUAUCUGGAUUGUCAGGCACGAACGAUUUCGAUGACCAUUUAUCAUCCUGUCGGUACCACCAAAAUGGGCCCCCAUUGGGAUCCUGAGGCGGUGGUGGAUCCCCGACUCCGAGUCUAUGGCGUUUCGGGACUGCGCGUUAUAGAUGCUGGUAUUAUGCCGACAAUCGUCAGUGGAAAUACCAAUGCGGCUGUAAUAAUGAUAGGUGAGAAAGGUGCACAAAUGGUCACAGAAGACUGGCUGGGACAUAGUUGAUAGAAAUACUGUAGUGGAAACUAGAUUGCAUUACUGACUGUUGUUGAUUAGUAAAGUUGGAGUAGUUAUUUUAGCUUCUAGACAAAUUAGACGAUGUAAUGUGUGCCAUUUUGUGUUGAACAGAAAAAUCGUGUGUUUCGCAACGAGAACCAAUAAUAAGCUCGUUAACUUGUCGUUAAUUUUCUUGAUGUUUGCAUAUCGAUGAGAUUGUCAGUGCUUAAGGACAACAACCCCGUAACUAGUUGUGUAAAGAGUUACCCUUAGGAUUAUAGAAUCAAGCGUUAACUUACCAAAAAAGACGAAUAAAACAAUAACUAUUAUGAAAAA